CUUUGAUAUCCAACCUAUUUCGAGAAGAGAGAGUUGCCGGCGUAUCUGGAGUGUAUAAAACGAUGGGUGCUAUCACAUGCCGCGCCCCCACUGUUUCUACUGGUUGGCCUCCUGUGAUGACGUGCACCCUUUCAACCUACAGCCCAGGCUAUCAUCCUAAGCUCAAGGUUGAGGCUGACUGCUAACAACCGAAUCGUUUGAACAUCAGCUUGCUUUUGAGCAGUUUAAAGCCAGGUCCCUGCGUAAAAGCUAACACCGGUUCCAUUGUGGCGCACAGGUUUUGAACAGUUGAACGUUGUUCAGCCUUUUCGUCUUAUAAAAUUUAGCUUGAUUUCGUGUUGGGUAUUCCCCCACUCGACAACCAACAACACCUGCCCUUGAUCUUGACAUCUACUUUCACUUUCACCACCACCAUUGCCAAUCAUCAAUUAAAACAGAAGCAACACUCUCAUUCGAGAUGACGACUGCCGAUCUUGAUGUGCUGCUCUCCAUGGGCUUUGAGCAGGCUCGUGCGGAAAUCGCCGCCAAGAAGACUGGAAACUUGCAACAAGCUCUUGAUUGGUUAGAGGCAAACCAGGAUAAGUCCUUGGAAGAGCUCCAGGCUCAGAACCAGGCCUCAGCUGAGGACGAAGAUGAAGAUACGACUGGUGCCAACAUCCCUUCUGGCGAGACCGCAAAGUCCUUGGUUUGCAACGAAUGUGGCAAGAAGUUCCGCAACCACGACCAAGCCACCUUUCACGCUACCAAGACAGACCACCAAGACUUCUCCGAGUCCACUGACGAGAUUGCCCCAUUGACAGAAGAGGAAAAGAAAGCUAGACUAGAAGAGCUUCGACAGAAGCUCGCCGCGAAGAGAGCCGUCCAGUCUGAGGCCGAGAAGGAAACCGCCAAGCGCAAUGAGCAGAUUCGUAUGAAGGCCACCAGGGACUCCCAAGAGCUCAAGGAGGAGCUUCAGCGCAAGGAGAGAAUCAAGGAGGCCGAGAGGAAGAAGCAAGAGAAGAUUGCCGAUGCCGAAGCCAAGAAGCGCAUCAAGGCAAAGAUCGAGGCCGACAAGGCAGAGAGAAAGCGCAAGGAGGAGGAGGCCAAGGCUCUCCGCGAGGGUAGAGCACCACAAGCCCCGGUUGUGGCUCCCGCCGCCCCAUUGUCUGCUCUGGGAGGUAGUUCUGCUUCAGGCUCGUCCGCCACCACUGCUCGUCUCAGGAUUCAGACCAAGCAGAAGGGCAACUUGAUGAAGACCUACCCAAGCGAAACGACUUUGUUCGAGGUGGCUCACGCUGUGGAGGAGGAGACUGGUGUUCCUGUGCAGAGCUUCCAGAUCAACUUCCCACGGAAGACAUUCGAGGCUGGCGUGGACUUUGGGUUGACAUUGAAGGAGGCCGGUUUUGUGCCCAGUGCUGUCAUCAUUGCCAACUAGGCUUUUGUCAUAAAUCUUAUGAGGAUGCUGCCAGCGUCUAGAUAGGAAGCGAUAAUGGAGGGGCAACACUGUGUCUCGAAAGCCGAUGGUUUAUGUUCUUAACUGGAUACUCAAAAUAAGUCACCCUCCUCAUUUGAUGUAUG